AUGGGCAUCAUGAACUCGUUCGUCAAUGACAUCUUCGAGCGCAUCGCGGGCGAGGCGUCGCGCCUGGCGCAUUACAACAAGCGCUCGACCAUCACGUCGCGGGAGAUCCAGACGGCCGUGCGCCUGCUGCUGCCCGGCGAGCUGGCCAAGCACGCCGUGUCCGAGGGCACCAAGGCCGUCACCAAGUACACCAGCGCCAAGUGAACAGUGAGUUGGCUACAACCUGAACCCUAACGGCUCUUAAGAGCCACCCAUAUUUUCGAAGAGAGAGCUGUCGCUUGCUUAUUCUCUCUGGGCUCCUGUGACUUGUUACAGUAGUUAGGCCGAAGCACUCUGGCUUUUCCUGUUAACAGUAUCUAACCGACAAAAACAGUACUGGGCCCUGGCCAAGUUCUGGGACUCGUGCCAACGCUCUGAGCUUGUCACUGUCCCUGAGGGAUUAACUACUUUCGAAAAGGCUCUGCGAGAAAACACUCGAAACAAAUUCAAAUGCUCCCCAGGCACCUUUGAGAAAAGAGUUGGGCUGGUGCGCGGGUUCGGAGCUUGCGCCAGCCCUUUGAAUUUGGCGCCCUUCCUCUCGGCGCCCUGAUUGGCUCUGGCAUCCGAGACGCCCUCCAUUCCUCUGCCCCGCACAGCAGGCACCUGGAGCAAACAUCCUCCGGCUGUCUGUCCUGCAUCUCUGUCUCUUAAGCUUUCUAGACUUGUCCGGAGUGAGGUUUAUUACUUCCUCUUGGAACGUUCGUUGGGGAGAAAGGAACCCGAAGGACGUUUUCAGUCUGAAAAGUACCAAUGCUGUUAAGCCUCUGCUUGCCUUCUGCCUUCCGCCCAUAUAAUGGAAAAUGGCACCCUGAGAAGACCAUUUGGGGGUUCAGUGAAGGCAAAGAAGCUUGAUGGCAUCUGUCCCAGACUCUUCUGAAACAAAAAUCAGUUUUUAUUUUAAAGUUACUUUGGUUGGUGUUUUAAAUCUUCUGUUUGAUAUCGUCGGGAACCAGUAAGGAAAAACAGACCCCGCGUCAGGUUGUCAUAAAUAAGAACCAAUCACCCAACAAUGUGUCUCUAGACUAUUAAACUCUUCAACAUCCUGGGUCCUUUAGCCAAAAAGCCAUGAUCUGUAAAGCAUUUGGAACUUUCCAGUCUGGCUGAUACGGGGUUUAGGUAGUAAUUUUAAAUGCAUUUAAUUUAAAUAAAUAAAUUGCCCAAUUUAUCUAAAGUGGAUCUAAAUUUAAUACAGUGAUAAUGUCUAAAACAAUGUUUUGUUAGAUUCAAUGUCAAAUAUACACUUCUUUGUUGACUCAAAUCCCACCCCUGGUUCGGUGCCCCCCACCCCAUCUUGUCCCCCCUCUCGGAAAUUCCCUUUCCUCUUUCAGCUUCUAACAGCUUGUCCAGCAUUUGGAAACUGCCUCAUACAGAUCUAUUUGCAUUGCGACUAAAUGGUUUGCUCUAUGUUUACCCAUAGAAAAUGUGUAGUCAAGACAGGAAAAAUAAUCAGCCAAUUUAUCCUAUUAACUCAGAAAAUUAAACUGCUUAAGCCAUAAACAAACCAGGAAAAUAAA